UGGCGUGCCAAGCAGUGCCGCGUCCGCAGCUAGGAUCCGAACUCGUGAACCCCAGGCUGCUGAAGCGGGAUGUGCGCACUUAACCGCUAUGCCACUGGGCCGGCCCUGAGAUAUGUGUAAUGAUGCUUAAAAACUGCAGUGCAGCGUCACUAUUAGCAGCUGCUGUUAGAAAUAAGAAACCAAGCACGGAGUGCCAGGAAAUGAAGAGGGCCCCCAGCCCUGUGGCUAACUGACCCAGGGCUCAGACAGUAACGCCUGUGAAGAGAGUGGAAGGAGCCGGGGUCCUGUUGGAGAGCCUUUGCAAAGCUGCCUCUUCCCUUGGGUGGAGCGUGAAGCACCUGGCCCCCCGAUAUGAGGAGAACUCUGCUGGUGUCCUUGUGCACAGCACCAGUGUGACCGCGGUUUCAGUGCUGGGUGUCAUGGCUUUCCCACUCGAGCGUUUUUGCAGAUACGAGGCUUUUCUGAGCUCUUCCGGAGAUAACAUCCCCGAGGACCUCAGGGACCCCUUUUACAUCGACCAGUAUGAGCAGGAGCACAUCAAGCCGCCUGUCAUCAAGCUCCUGCUGUCCAGCGAGUUGUACUGCCGUGUCUGCAGCCUCAUCCUGAAAGGUGACCAGGUGGCCGCCUUACAGGGACAUCAGUCUGUCAUCCAGGCCCUGUCCCGGAAAGGGAUUUACGUGAUGGAGAGCGAUGACACCCCCGUGACGGACCCUGACCUCAGCCGCGCACCCAUAAAGAUGAGUGCCCAUAUGGCGAUGGUGGACGCCCUCAUGAUGGCCUACACCGUGGAGAUGAUCAGCAUCGAGAAGGUCGUGGCCAGCGUCAAGCGCUUCUCCACAUUCAGUGCCUCGAAGGAGCUUCCGUAUGACCUCGAGGAUGCCAUGGUGUUCUGGGUCAACAAGGUAAAUCUUAAAAUGAGAGAGAUAACAGAGAAGGAAGUGAAGUUAAAGCAGCAGCUGUUGGAGAGCCCGGCCCGUCAGAAGUCUCCCUCCAAGUGGUACUGGAAGUUAGUGCCUGUGCGCUAUCGCCGAGAGCACCUGUCUGCGAGGCAGCCGCCCUGCUUCCCGUUGCUGGAGGACCUGAUGAGAGACAGCAGCGAUGGGGCCGCUCUCCUGGCCGUCGUCCACUUCUACUGCCCAGAGCAGAUGAAGCUGGAUGAUAUAUGCUUGAAGGAGGUAACAUCGAUGGCUGACAGUCUGUAUAAUAUUCGGCUUCUGAGAGAAUUCUCAAAUGAAUAUCUUAACAAAUGCUUUUAUCUCACCUUAGAAGAUAUGCUGUAUGCGCCCUUAGUGUUGAAGCCCAAUGUUAUGGUUUUCAUUGCUGAACUCUUCUGGUGGUUUGAGAAUGUCAAACCAGAUUUCGUUCAACCCAGGGAUGUUCAGGAACUGAAAGAUGCUAAAACAGUGUCACACCAAAAAAGCAGUCGGCCUCCUGUUCCUAUCUCCAAUGCCACUAAGCGCAGCUUCCUGGGCAGCCCCGCGGCAGCGAGCCCGGCUGAUCUGCAGUCCUCCACCCAGCUGCCAGCCGAGGGUUGUCCCAGGCACCACUUGCACCCCGAAGAGUCUGAGCAUCUGGGGAAAGGGGCCUCUGCCUUUAGCCCAUCACAUCCUUUGUUGCCACUGAGACAGAAACAGCAAAAGACGAUGCAGGGAGAGGAGUGCCCCGAUCAGCGACACCGAUCUAAUUCUUUAACACGAGUCGAUGGCCAGCCGCGAGGCGCAGCAGCAGCGUGGGCGGAGAAGAAGAACAGGCCUGUGUCUCAGCCAGCACCCGUUGCUCUUCAUCAUGCUGCGAGCUGCGAUCUGGACCCUGGCUCUGGUGAUAGCGUCAGCUUGGCCCGCUCCAUCAGCAAGGAUAGUUUGGCAUCCAAUAUCGUUAAUCUGACCCCACAGAACCAGCCGCACCCCACAGCCCUAAAGACCAAUGGGAAAAGCCUCCUGAACAAUGUCGAUAUUGAGGACGAGGAUGAAGAGCUUGUGGCCAUCAUUAGAACGGAUGUGGCUCCCCACAGCGGUGACCUGGGCCUGAUGGCAAGUGCCAGAUCUCCCCAGAGACUGGCGGACACCUUAGAAAGUAAGCCUGACAGUUUCUUCUUGGAGCCGUUGAUGCCAGCCGUGCUUAGGCCAGCUAAAGAGAAGCAGAUGAUUACCAAGGAGGAUGAGUGCGGAGAAGGGCGGCCAAGGAGCUUCACCUCCAAGAGGUCCAGCGAGGGCUACCAGCCUCUGCUGCGGAAGAAGGCAUCCAGCGGUCAUGUCAGUCGAGACUUGAAUAGGACUUUCACUCCCAUCUGUUCAGAACUUCCUGUGGGUUUGGACCCUGUGCCCGCUGAGGCGGGGCCGCAGGUGGUGGGGGAAGCCUGUGGUAGGCCUCUGGCCAGUGGCGGUUUUGAUCCAUUGUCUCAGGGACAGUCUGCCGACGGCUUCUUUCUUCAUGUAGCCAGAGCCGAGGAAGACACGGAGGGCAGGUUCUAUGUUAGCUGUGCAAAAAGUCCCAACGCCCACCAUCCAGAGCCAUGGACUGUCCUGAGGCAGGACUCCGACUCGGACAUUGCAGAUCUAGAGGAAGCUGAGCACGAUUUACUUGGUGAGGACCACCCUGUGGUGAUCACUAAGUAUGUCGGUGAGGAGGAGUCGGCAAAGCUGCAGGAGGAUCUGAAAGUGAAAGAGCAUGAGGACAAGGAUGACGCCAGUGGCCGCUCGAGCCCAUGUCUGAGCACCGUCUCUCAGAUCAGCAGCGUCUCCAUGGCGAGCGGGAGCGUGAAGAUGACCAGCUUCGCGGAAAGGAAGCUCCAGAGGCUCAACAGCUGUGAGACCAAGUCCAGCACCAGCAGCUCCCAGAAGACCACGCCCGAUGGCUCAGAGAGCUGCCCGCCCCCACUGACGACCUGGAAGCAGAGGAGAGAGCAGAGUCCGAGCAGGCAGAGCAAGGAUCACGCCAGCCUCCUGGCGUCCGAGCUGGUGCAGCUCCACAUGCAGCUGGAGGAGAAACGGAGAGCCAUCGAAGCGCAGAAGAAGAAGAUGGAGACUCUGUCCGCCAGGCAGCGACUGAAGCUGGGGAAGGCAGCCUUCCUGCACGUGGUCAAGAAAGGCAAGGCCGAUGUCGUCCCUCAGCCGCUUAAACCAGAACACUUCGCUAGAGAGUAUUCUCAGCACAACGGAGAGGACUUUGAUGGUGGCGUUUCCAAGAUGGAAGAAUUUCUUGUUAAGGAAGAGGGGAGAGAGGAUCUCCUUAGUGAGUCUCAAGAUGUGGACAGGGAAAGCCUGGCUUUCAUUCAGCAGCAUAAACCGAAAGACCCUGCCACUCUCCACGACCUGGAGAAGCACAAAGCGCUCUCUGCUGCUCUCCUGGAAGACAGCGCUGGCGAGGUGGGGGACGUGAGCGAGUGCGACCUUUCUAUUGAGAAGCUUAACGAGACCAUCAGCACACUGCAGCAGGCGAUUCUGAAGAUUUCUCAGCAGCAAGAACAGCUGCUUAUGAAAUCCCCCACAGCACCAGCUCCAGGUUCUAAGAACAACUCCCAGGACCAGAGAGUCAAGACAGCCAUCCACUUCGUCGAGCCGCUCUCUCCCACUGGAGUGACGGGUCACCGCAAACCCCCUCGUCUUGGUCAGGGUCGGAAUUCCCGUUCAGGAAGACCGGCUGACCUGAAGGUCCCGAAAGACAGACAGCAGGGUUCCUCCCGGAGCAAGACCCCGACGCCCAGUAUAGAGACCCUCCCCCACUUACGGUCCUUCCCUCCUCGGACGCCCUCUGACCCGGGCUGGGACGGUGGUGCAGACCCAGGGAGUGACCCUCAGGAGAAGUGCUUCUUCGACAGUUACCGGCUCCAUGAUGAGAGCAAUCAGCGGACAUUUGUCUUGUCCUCCUCCAAAGAUGCAAACAUUAUAUUGGAACAGACGAGCCUCAAAGAGGCUCUGGACGGCGGCGAGAAGGAGGCGGGGCUCAGUGCCCCGGCUGGCUCCGGCAAGGAGAACGGGCCUGUGGACGAGCCCCCGAGGAGCAAGGCCAGCCUCAUCGAGGUAGACCUCUCAGACCUGAAGGCCCCUGAUGAGGACGGAGAGACGGAAGGCCACGAGAGCUCUGUGGACCUCAGCACUGACGGCGAUCAGAAGCCGGGAGUCGGCUUCUUCUUCAAGGAUGAACAAAAGGCGGAAGAUGAGCUCGCCAAGAAGCGGGCGGCCUUCCUCCUGAAGCAGCAGCGCAAGGCCGAGGAGGCUCGCGUGCGGAAGCAGCAGCUGGAAGCAGAAGUGGAGCUCAAGAGAGACGAGGCCAGGCGUAAAGCCGAAGAAGAUCGGAUACGGAAGGAGGAAGAGAAGGCGCGACGAGAGCUCAUCAAACAGGAAUACUUGCGGAGGAAGCAGCAACAGAUUUUAGAAGAACAAGGACUGGGAAAACCUAAAUCGAAGCCAAAAAAGCCGCGGCCAAAGUCAGUCCAUCGGGAAGAGUCGUGUAGCGACUCGGGAACCAAGUGCUCCUCAACCCCUGAUAACCUGAGCCGGGCCCAGUCGGGCUCCAGCCUGUCCUUGGCCUCCGCAGCAACGACUGAGCCCGAGAGCGUUCAUUCAGGGGGCACGCCUUCCCAGCGCAGAGUCGAGUCCCUGGAAGCCCUGCCCGUAUUAAGCCGCAACCCGAGCAGAAGCACAGACAGAGACUGGGAGACGGCGUCCGCAGCGUCCUCCCUCGCCUCCGUGGCCGAGUACACAGGUCCCAAGCUCUUUAAGGAGCCUAGUAGCAAAUCCAACAAACCGAUCAUUCAUAAUGCUGUGUCCCAUUGCUGUCUGGCUGGAAAAGUGAAUGAACCUCACAAGAAUUCGAUAUUAGAGGAGCUAGAGAAGUGUGACGCCAAUCACUACAUCAUACUGUUUCGUGAUGCCGGCUGCCAGUUCAGGGCACUUUACUGCUAUUAUCCAGACACUGAGGAAAUCUACAAAUUAACUGGCACGGGGCCAAAGAGCAUUACCAAGAAAAUGAUCGACAAACUGUAUAAAUACAGCUCAGACCGGAAACAGUUUAACCUGAUCCCAGCCAAAACCAUGUCCGUCAGUGUGGAUGCUCUCACUAUCCACAACCACCUGUGGCAGCCCAAGCGGCCUGCAGCGCCAAAGAAGACCCAGACUCGUAAAUGACACUGGCGCGGGCUGCGUCUGAACAUGUGCCGAGGGGAUCGAUAUUUAUUAUUUUAAUCCGUUUGGGUACGAAGUGUGCAAAGUCACAGACCUUUUACGAAGAGGCUUCUAAAGAACAAAAGAAAACCCUCCCUUAGCUCCCAGCACACAGAGGAUGCCAGGUGCAGCAAGAACGGAGGGAGAAACACCGUUUGCAGUUACUCCUGGCUGCCGGGGUCCCUGCUAACCACGGAGGCCUCACACGGGGGAUGUGCCUGUAGGCGGUGGAUUCCUUUUACUUGAAGUUCUCCUUCAGUGUGAAUUAAAGUGAUUUACUCUGCGCUCUCGCCUCUCACCUCACCCCCUUUGCACGUGACCUGACACCCUCAUGUUGGCCAGCUGUAAUCUUGUGAGAUUAUAGGACUGAGACUCGGGUCUCAGGUCAGGGUGUUUGAAUGUCUUUAGGAAAGGAACUCGUAUUAGGGAAAUCUUUUUCAUUUGAGAAAUUGUAUGAUAUUUAUUGAUUGUGUCUACUGCCAACGUUUAUAUCCAAUUCUAAGAUUUCUGAAAAAACUCUUGUUCCUUGCUGCUCAGAAAAAGUUUACUGAAAAUACCAGUUCACUAAAAGCACUGAAAUCUGCAAGUCUGUCUUCUGCUAAAGUAAGGUUUACAAAUACGGAGCUGACCCUUGCUGACCCGCAAUCAUGAGGAUGGUGAAUGGUACUAUUAGCCAGCGUUUGCCUAACUGAAAACGGGCAAGCUGAGCAGAUUACAGCCCUUGUUCGUUAAGUUUUGGAUAGUACUCUAAUGAUUUGUUCACUUUAAUAAAGACAGAUUUUGGUAAAGUAGAAUAUUUUUCACUCUGAGCAUGUUUCUUGUAAAAGGUGAUGCACUCAAGCUGACAGUUCUUACAGUGUUCCAUUUUGUCACGACCUGCCCUGCCUGAUUCCUGCUUCUGGAAGAGCAGCUCGCCCUCAGAGGAGCGUGCGGUUCUCUGUUUAGAUCGAUAGUUUUGUGUUGUCGCCUGUUUAGAAACACAGUGGCCGUUUGCGGUUGCUUCGGAACUCCGAGUGAGUGGAGUGGCUCUGGGCUCUCUCCGCGCGUCCCGACGGGCAGGAAACUGCUCCAGACCAGACGGUCCCUGGGAGCGGUUGCGGCCAGUCCGGCCUGGGCGCGUACCCGCCUCCCUGUGCCCGCCCUCGCGGGGCCGCAGCUCUGCUGACACCUUGUGACUGACCAGCUGCCCCGAGUCUGCGUUUGAUCCAUCUGCCGGAAGAUUCUGGAGUCACUUCUGUUAGUUUUGCACAUAUUUUUGGGGAGUGUUACUUGAAUCUCAAGCUGCAGAGAAAAAUAAAGAUCAAUAGAAAAAGUUAAA